AUGAACACUGCUGUGGGCAAAUUCCAAGCCAGCCUUGCGGCCGCAACUCAAGAGACCACCUUUGCCUUGGCCAAUUUGAACUUUGACUUCGCUAUCUGGAAGGUUGAAGCGCCGCCUUCGUACCAGCCGCUUGGUGCUGCGUUGUCAUUGCAGCGCCGCAACGCCGCAGAGAAUGGAAUGCCUCACGUCAUUGCACGUCGCCUCGGUACCCUUUUCGAGACCCUUCUGCCCCAGAUUCCUAGCCUCGUGAAUGCCUACGGCGCCCGCGCAUCAGAGAUUAUCCAGAACCCCGGAACCAAUCCUCCUGGCAGCAAAGAGCAUGGACCUUUCCAAAAGUUUGUAGGGCUUGAUGGGACAAGCAUAUGGGCGGCGGCAACCUCAGGUCCAAGUGCAGUCGCAGUCCACCUUCUUGCCUGCAUGCUAGCACGCGUGUGGUCACCAGCCGAGGCAGUCUCAAUCUGGGAGGAGCUAGUCGCGGAGCGCAAGAAUGCCCUGAUUCCGAACAAAGAUGUUGAUACAGUACCAACUAGAGAUGUUGUAGCUGCUCAACUUGCGAUUGAUCAAGGCCAACUGGCCGAAUGGGAUGCAAGCGCAAGAGCAUGGCUUCGUGCCGCGGAUGCCUCUCCCUCUAUCAGAAAACAACAGAAAGAUGUGAUUUCACUGCUGAGUAGUGUGAGUAUUCCGGUUGGCAGCCAUCCGAGGGUGUAUGAUAGUGUUUGCAAAGCAUGGGUCGCAGCGCUCUCUACAAUGGACAAACUGGUGCAAGGCCACCAAUAUAGCGCACAAGAUGGCGCCGUUCUUGUUGCGCUCUCGGCUUGGCACCUUUAUCCUGAUGUCGUGGUAUUAGGUCCCAAAACCUGGAACCUUCAUCAGUCUGAUCAGCUAAUCGGGCACGGCGGUACACUGACGGUAGGACUACAAAAUUCCCCAGAGAUAUCUGCGGGGGUUCAUUGGUCGCUGUCUUUGGCGUACCUACGCUACUACGGGUCUUCAGUUCUGUCUCGCGGGGUUGUAGACGCUGAGUCGAGCAGACUCACGUUCCCUCAAUUCCUCCUAACUGCUGUUGGAGCAACUAUCGCGUCCUGGGGUCUACCAAGUAGCCAGCUCCGGGAUGGUGCUCAGCUGGUAGCCCAUAUGGGCUCGCUGCUAACAGGAUCGGAUCAUCCAGCCUCGCAAGCCCCCACGGUAGCAUGGCUUGUCCCACUCAAGGCGGCCGCAAAAACAUUUCUCAAGUUACAAGGUCAAGAGCUCGAUUCCGCGACGAAGCUGGUCAGGCUCGGACAUCGUCGUCCAGGAAUGUUAUCCAGAACAUGUUCGACCGGUGUCUUCUAUCUACGGUCGAUUGAUCUCAUUUGCAUCAUGAGAAAGAUUGAACAUCAGCUUCAGUUCCUAAUGUCAAUUUAUCAAAAUUGGACUCAUGCUGAUACUCCCUUGGUCCUCCGGGUUGGCGAAAAGAACAGCAAUGAACCCGUCCUGGUAGUUCUUCAUCCCGUGAUUAGGCAGGGCAAGAUUACGCCUUCUUGGUAUUUUGUCGGCGGUAUACCAAGUGCAGGGCCAGAUGGUCCACUUCGUGGGUUGCAGGUCCCACAAAAUAAUCCUAUACACGCUUGCAGAGCUGAGGACCUUGAUUUUGGCACUACUGGCAGAGAGUUCACGUGGAAGAACCCACCCAAAUUCUCUGAUAUCCCCUCUAGUCCUGUAACAAGAGUGGGAGAUUCGAUCCCCCCCAAGAAGGAACGAUUCAGAUGGCCUCUGAAAAGUAAAAAGGAUACAGCUGCCAGUCUACCUAGCCCACAGAAUCUAGCCCUCACUUUCGAAUUUGUUGGCGGUGACAUAAAUGGCGUGUCUCUCUUUUCUCUUAAAGGCACUGCAGGAGCCGUCCGACAGCUCGGGGACUCAGGGGUUCACAUUCUCAGCCUGUUGGAAGCCUUCUCCACUCACACUAUUAGUGCAAGGCGUUUGUCGGAGCACUUGGGAAACUUGUUCGAGUCCGAUGAUGGAAACAUGAUGAGGUCUUGUCUUGCCCUUGCACAAGCCGCAGAAGUUUACGAGUGCCUUCCGGGCGCAACCAUAUCUCCCAAGGUCUUCUCCUCGUUGAAGCCCAUAAGUGAAAUGGUGUGGGCAGGUGAAGCCCGCACCAGCGAACACGGCUUCACUCGGGAAAUGCACCUGGCAAGGCCUUGGGCAUUCUCAUGUAUUGCAUAUUUUGAAAGUGGCGUAAUGCAGGUGCCCCCCGACCAAAUGCACAACGUUAUGGCCAUCGCCAGUGGCGACUCACUAUAUGUCGCUGCGCAGCUACUUUGUGACCCCGCCGCAAAUGUCAAGCCAUAUGAAAUCCACCGGGUGGUCGGGAAUAUCGGCAGAGCUGGCCUAGCCUUCUUGAUACCCCCUAAAAGCCCUAUGGUACGUGAGGUGGAUUCGGAAAGUUGGAAAAUGGUCAAUCAUGAGCCGUUCAAUGGAAAACUGGAAGAUAAUUUUCGAUCGACGACGCUACAACUUGGCUUCUCCGGUUAUGAAUUUCCCAUGACAUUUGGAGAUCAUGGUGGACGGUUUGUGGAAGCUUUCUUUAUCGAAGCAGUGGUUUCGGUGCAUGACUCUGGCCGUUGGGUGGCGGACUUGGACAUUCUUACAUCUUUACAAUCUCCAAAUCUCUACUCACUCAUUCAACAGCCAACGUGUCAAGCAUCAUCACCUGCUGGGAGUGUUCCUGGUGUUGAGGUCAUCGCACUGGAUAAUUGGGAGGAAUUGUUGGAUCCACCUCGCAAUGUAAGUGUAGUGCGGGCACAUGGCAAUUGGCAAGGUCGGUUAGCAGCCGCAAAUGUCAGCCUUAUGCAAGGUCACCCUACUAUUCUCUUUAGGGGACAUGGUUGCUGGACAUGUGCUGUCAAAGUCAUGGAAGGUUUUCAAAGCCAUUCUCGUUCCAAUAUCAGCCCUGGCCCUCGAACCAUCCCGGAAGCACCAAAUAUGGAGUGCAUAUUCAUCCUUUGA